GUUCAGUUCUGUUUGAGAAGCAUUUGGAGGAGGGCUCUUGGCUCUUGCCAGGGAGCUUGGAGGGUACUCCACUCUGCGAGCGGAGUGAGGGGGGCCUUGUUCCUGUCUUAGCUGUGGGUGAGGGGCGCUCAGUCUUGUUUUCAAAAGUCUGGGGCAAGGGUGUAACCGGGUACAGGGAUGCAGAAGCGCCUGGCUUUGGGGGUCCCAAACAGACCAGGUUCUGCCACUCCCGGCUGACAAAAUCCAAAGGCGGAGACGCCUGGUCGUGCAACAAGAAAGGAAUUUAAGUGGGGCCAACACUGAGAAGACAGCACACUAGCCUCAAAGACUGUCUUCAAAGUGUUGACAGUGCUGCUAGGUUUAUAUAAGGAGAAUGUGGGACAAAGUGGACCGUGAAAUUCAGACACAACAGCAAGUGGAAUGGAGCACUACCGGAAAGCUGGCUCUGUGGAACUCCCAGCACCUUCUCCGAUGCCCCAGCUACCUCCUGAUACCCUGGAGAUGCGGGUCCGAGAUGGCAGCAAAAUCCGCAACCUACUGGGGCUGGCACUGGGUCGACUGGAGGGUGGUAGUGCACGGCAUGUGGUGUUCUCAGGUUCUGGCCGGGCUGCAGGGAAGGCGGUCAGCUGUGCUGAGAUUGUCAAGCGGCGUGUACCAGGCCUGCACCAGCUUACCAAGCUGCGCUUCCUGCAGACCGAGGACAGCUGGGUGCCAGUCUCACCUGACACUGGCCUGGAUCCCCUAACAGUGCGCCGCCAUGUACCUGCAGUGUGGGUACUGCUCAGCCGGGACCCCCUGGACCCCAAUGAGUGUGGCUACCAGCCUCCAGGAGCACCCCCUGGCCUGGGCCCCACAUCAAGCUCCAGCUGUGGCCCACGACCCCGAAGAAGGGUUCGAGACACCUGGUCCUGAAGAUCUGCCAAGCAAGAUCUUUUCCAGGCAUGAAUGUCUAGGAUGGCUCUGCCUUCUCUGAAAAGCCUCCUGUAACUGUUCAACAUCCCCAACAAGACUUGAAUCCACAGAAGUGGGCCUCCUUGUCCUGCUUCCUCUUCUCUCUGGUGUGUGAAAAGGGACAGCUAUGAAGAGUUACAGGUGUGCGGUCUCAGCUGGGUUCUGGAUUGCUUAAGAAGGGUUUAUUUGGCAUUCUACCUACUGUGCCUCUGUCCUUUCUUCCGACAGAGAUCCAGGGAGUGGGGUAGGAAAUAAAGGUUCUGCCCAUUUGUCUGAUGAGCCUCUGCUUGACCUGCUAUAUGGAGGUGGGAUUAAAGGAGGGGUAGUCCCCGUACCCCUCCACCCCACCCCUGGUUUAGGGAUAUUUUUCUUUCUCUGCAGCAUUUAUCAUAGUAUAGUGAUUAAGGUCAUGGUCUCAGGUACCUACUGCCUGGAUUUGAAUCCUGGUUCUGCCAUGUGCUAGUAAGUUACUGCUUUGUGACCUUGGACAAGUAGUGCUCUGAGCCUUAGUAUUUCCGUCCAUAAAACAGGAUAUAUGCGGUGCUUACCUCAUAGGGUUGUUAUGAGGAUUAAAUGUAGAAAUAUAUACAUACGACUCUUAGAUAUCACCUGGGCAUAUAGUGCUAUGUGAAUGUUAAUUGCUAUCAUUAUUACUCCAUUUACAAACAUUUUUUCCUAUCUUAAAAACAUAGCUCAUGGGGCAUCUGGCUGGCUCAGUUGGAAUAUCAUGUGGCUCUUGAUCUCAGGAUCAUGAGUUCAAGGCCCACGUUGGGUGUACAGAUUACCUAAAUAAAUAAACUUAAAAAAAAAA